GUUCGAGUCAACUGGGGAGAUUUCAUGGAGGAGCCGGCAGGGUACAAGGGUACACGGGCGCCAGGCGUCAACCGCAGUCCCCUGCCCAUUCCCCAGUGCAGAUGCAGAUUCCCUUCCCGAACGCCCACAGAUCUGGGUGUGCCGUGUGCGUGUGCGUGUGUGUGUGUGUGUGUGUGGAGAGAGAGCAAUGAUGGUACGGACUGUCCAGCCGGCCACGUUGGUGUCGGCGUCUCCUCGUCUCCUCGUCUCUUCUUAUUAUUAGGCCCGGCAGUCCACGUCCUCUUUUGGAUCAUGUCCGCUCAACCUGCUCGCUGAUUUAACCGCCCCCCAUUCCUGAGAGGCUGCCUCUUAAUUGUCCUUCCUGUCUUGCUGUGACCUCUGGCCCGUGACCAGGCAGGAUAGACAAUAGGCCAUAUUGCACUUUGUGUUAUAUCCGGGCGGCCCUACUUGCUUCUUCUGUCUGUCUGUCUGCCUCCCCACGGCCCACUCCUCGUCUCUCUGCACCAGGACGGGCACCACCCUUCCCGCUCCUACGCCACAUAAGAUCUAGGAUCUCCCAGAUCGCCCAGCCCUUUUGGGGUUCUCUAUAUGCGCCUAUCGACCGGCUUAUCUCAUUCCCAUUCCCUCUGGGCGAGCCGUCUUACUUUCCACCUGGCCAGGUGUCUGCCGUCCCCUCCUCUCUUUGCUUUCGAUCGCUUCAGAAACCAGCAGGAUGGGUUCCUAUAGUAUGGGAGACAAACUCGACCUCAAAAUAGCCGUCUUCGGCGCUGGCAUGGGUGGUCUGGGUUGCGCGCUGGCCCUUGCGAAGAAAGGCUUUCAGGACAUAACCGUCUAUGAGAAUGCGUCAAACCUGGGAUUUGUCGGGGCCGGGAUCCAGCUGGCCCCCAACAUGAACCGGAUCCUCGACCGGCUGGGGUGCUGGAAGGAGAUCUACGCAGAGGCGACCAAUGUCAAGGAGACCAGUAUAAGGCAGGGCAGCACAGAUCAGGAACUGGCUCACGUCGAGAUGCCCGACGUCGAGGACAAGUACGGCUACCCACACUGCACGGGGCACAGGUCAUCGCUGGCCGGCGGCAUGUACAACGGCUGCAAGAAGGAGCCCGCCAUCCGCUUCGAGUUCUCGUCGCGCAUCGAGGGCAUCGACUCGUUCGGCCCGCGGCCCACCUUCACGGUCCAGCCGCGCGAGGGCAGGCCGUACCAGGUCGAGGCGGACAUCGUGCUGGCCGCCGACGGCAUCAAGUCGACGACGCGGCGGGACAUCCUGGCGCACCUGGGCGAGGAGUUUGGCGAGGCCGACACGGGCCAGGCGGCGUACCGCAUCAUGCUCAAGCGCGAGGACAUGCAGCACGACCGCGAGAUGAUGGCCCUGCUGGACAGCGACUGCGUCGUGCGGUGGAUCGGCGAGAAGCGCCACAUCAUCGCCUACCCCGUCGCCAACAAGACCAUCUACAACCUGUCCUCGGCCCAGCCCGACGACAACUUCGCCAGGGGCGUCUCGGCCACCUACACCACCAGGGGCUCCAAGCCCGAGAUGGUCAAGGUCUUCGAGGACUUCUGCCCGCUCGUCCACCGCAUGCUGGACCUCGUGCCCGACGGCGAGGUCUGCGAGUGGAAGCUGCGCCAGCACCGGCCCCUGUCGACGUGGAGCCUGGGCUCCGUCGCGCUGCUGGGCGACGCCUGCCACCCGACGCUGCCGCACCUGUCGCAGGGCGCCGCCAUGGCCAUCGAGGACGGCGCCGUCCUGGCCGAGGUCCUCAGCCGCCUGCCCGACACGCGGCCCCGCACCGUGUCCCGCGCCCUCAAGGCCUACGAGGUCCUGCGCAAGGACCGCUGCACCACCCUCGUCGACAUGGCCGCCUACUCGGGCCGCCAGCUGCACCUGGGCGAGGGCGCCGCCCGCGAGGAGCGCGACCGCCAGUUCCGCGAGCACCGCGACAAGAAGGGCGCCGUCCCGGACAAGUGGGCCAGCCCGGACGUCCAGAAGAUGAUCUACGGCCACGACUGCGUGGCCGACGCCGCCGACAAGUUCGACGACAUCUUUGCCGGCCUGGGCGAGGUCAACGGCGUGAACGGUGUCAACGGUGUUGUUAAUGGCGUCAGUGGUCGAAAUAGUGCCCUCUGAUGGGCUCAUGUCAUGUCAUGCUAUUCUGUUCUCCUCUUUGUUGUUGCUUGUUUGUUUAUUCCCCCUUCUGCGCACAAUCUUAAAACCUGUAUAUUUAGACUACCUAGGUUAGGUACUUUGGGGAGUGAUUCUCGCUUUCCAGCGAUGCCACCAUCGGCAGGGAUGAAUGAUGAUUCCUCUCAUACCAUCCGAACAACAAAAACUACUUGCUUUCCUGACAUACGUUUUGGACAAACUUUGUACUCAGCCCUGCCCAAUUGUGUCAUGGCUGAUACUACAACAGGCUCAUUGCCGUCCGACCAGACUUUCCGCACGCACCCGCCCGCCCGUCCGAAAGAGUAACUAUCACGCUGUUGUGAGAAACGUGAAAGCUUCGCGGUCUCAAGUUCUGCGCCCCGAAGACAGCACAGCACAGGGCGGGCGGGCGGUGAUAUCACCAGCUGGCCGGCAGAGACAAGCCCAAGAUUGAUCUCCCGGAGCUCCGAUUCUCUCUAGUCCCGGCGCAUAACUCAGGCAGAGAGGCAGGCAGAGAGG